AUGCGCUCCUUAGCGGGACUGGCUGUCCUUGUGGCGGCGGCGAGUGUCUUCCUCUACCUGCUGUCGACCCAUCUUCCCCCGGGACCGACGCACGGCCCGCCGGGCUCAGCGGAGGAGGAGGAGGACGGGGGAGUCCAGGAGUACAGGCUGAAGUUCCCGUCGGACCUGGACGAGCUGCGGGAGCUCGCAGAGAUGCUCAAGUUCUACAACAGAGAACAUCACGGCUACGUUCUGCUGCUGUUCUGCAGCGCCUACCUCUACAAGCAGUCCUUCGCCAUACCGGGCUCCUCCUUUCUGAACAUGUUAGCCGGUGCGAUAUUCGGGCCCUGGGAGGGCCUGGCGUUGGCCUGCCUGCUCACCACCGUCGGCUCCACGUUCUGCUUCCUGCUCUCCUCUGCGUUUGGAAAGCAGCACGUGGUCCAGCAUUUCCCGGAGAAGGUGGCCCUGCUGCAGAGGAAGGUGGAGGAAAACCGCAGCAGUUUGUUCUUCUUCCUCCUGUUCCUCCGUUUCUUCCCUAUGACUCCUAACUGGUUCCUUAACAUCACCUGUCCCGUCCUCAACAUCCCCAUGCCCAUUUUCUUCUUCUCUGUGUUCAUAGGUUUGAUCCCCUACAACUUCAUCUGCGUUCGUACGGGCUCCAUCCUCUCCGAGAUCUCCUCUCUGGACGAUAUCUUCUCCUGGGGGACGCUGGCCCAGCUCCUGGCCAUCGCCCUCAUGGCUCUCCUCCCUGGAGCGCUGAUCAAGCGGUACAGCGAAGCUCACCUCAAGAUGGACGGCAUGGACAGUAACGGACCCAGCUGGGCUGAAGUCAAGAGACGGUGA